AUGCCACGUAUAUCGUUUGAUCUGGCGCUAAACGUGGUGGAGUUGAUCAACGUGCCCCUCCUAAAAGGAAACAAGUGCUUCAUGAUCGUCACAGUAAGCAGCAGGAAGAUCUCAAACAACUGUAAGCGGUUUCACCGGUCGAAAAUUACUGCAGACGCUGCCCAGAUUAAAAACCACAAGUGCGUGUUCAAAAGUGCCGGCCAGGUACAUCAGAAAGUCCGGGUAAGAGUGAAAUCAUCAACGGGCCGGCCUGCCAACAAGUGGCUGAGUGUAUCGUUCAUGAUCGAGGGGAAAAAUGCAAAAGAACCCUUCAGAUUAGGUGCCAUCUUUCUAAACUUGGCAGACUACAUAGGCCAAGGGAAACCCGCCGUUAUCAAGUAUUUAUUGGACAAAUCGAAGACCAACACGAUUGCCAAGCUGUCUGUGGCCCUGCGGCCGUCUGUCGGGGCCCCUGAUAUUCUUUACCAGGUGUCGGAAAGCGCCACUGCCGGUAGCACAAGCAAAUUUACACCGGGGAUCACACAAACGCUGAGCCGGGGGCAGGCAGGCCCUGUUUUUGAUGCCGGCGGCAACUCGGACACGUCGCCGUUGCUCUCGCCCGUAAAAUCGGCAUGUUCCGCAUGCAGUCCGCUUGAAGAUAAGCCGGAAACAGAUGGCCUGGACCCGAAAAGCGUGAAAAAUGUGUGCGAUGAGGUUUUUUCCGAGGACGAUCUCCUCAACCACGUUCUAAACAACACGUACAGACUUACCUGGGAGAGCCUAAACGGUUCUUACCUCGAGUUUUCGCCUGCUGAGUGUGUUCGCGACAUUGUGGAGUAUAAUGGAAACGGGUGGAAGAGAAAUGAAGAAGGACUAAGCAUGCCGGAUGUGUUGAAGUCGGACCUCAAGGAAAACUCGAGGCGCAAGUUUUCUGCACGCUUUGCAAGGCUCAGAUCCAACAGCGUGGCCAGCUCAUACUUUGAUGAAAUCACCACUAUUGCCAACAGUGAGGUGGAAAAUUCCGAUGCUGAGGAUGUCAGCAGCGAAUUUAGUGAUUUUGCGAGCUCGAGAUCCGAUUCCGAUGACAUAUUUGCUGGUUCUAGGCAUCAUGAGAGUGUCAGAAGACGUAAGACCAAGAAAAUUAGGCGCUUUACACCCCCAACCGAAUUCCAGGCCAGGAAGGAUCUUCGCAGUUGGCAUAUUCGUUGA